AUGGCGUUCAAUUUCAAGUGGUCGCCUUUGGCGGCCGAUACGUCCUUUUACACACGAGCACAAGAGCUCCUCACCACGGCGCUCAAUAAAUCACCUAAGCCCCCGAUCAUUGUCGAUGAUAUCGUUGUGAAUGAGCUCAACUUGGGAGAGAUACCACCGGACUUGGAAGUCAGAGAGAUCGGCGAUAUUGAUGUGGAUCGGUUCAGGGGAGUCUUCAAGAUGUGCUACAGUGGAAAUGCUUUCAUGACCCUGAAAACGAGAGUUCAGGCAAAUCCAUUGAAUACUUAUCUAUCUACAAAACCCUCGUUCACCUCUCCGCGACCUCUUGCUGCAGCUUCGGGGCUCACGAUACCGAUUCAAAUCACCCUUUCAGAAAUCAAACUAUCUGCUUUCAUCAUACUUGUGUACUCAAGCCAAAAAGGUGUGACAUUAGUCUUUCGAAAUGAUCCGCUAGAGUCUUUGAAAGUCUCCUCGACAUUCGAUGCGAUCCCCUUUGUCCGAGACUAUCUACAGAAGGAGAUUGAGGGGCAGCUGAGAACGCUGUUGAUGGAUGAGUUGCCGUUGAUUAUACAUCGGCUCUCGUUGCGGCUUUUCAAUAAAGAAUAUCAAGAGAGGGAUGAUCAAACAAUAGCUCAAGACGGGCGCGAACAUGAUUUGGAGAAGCACCCAGUGGAUCCACUGGCAAGUCCACCACAAGAUCCUGUCGAUCUGUUGGGCAACGUGCUUGACCCAUCGCAAAUCGCCUCCUUAUCACUUGAUCCAGGGUCUGAAGCGCAGACCUUGUUCUCCCAGCGAAAUCUUCUUCGUCUAGGGGCUCUGACCGAUUCACACCGAACGCUAUCUCUUUUUACACCAAGCAUUAAAGAUACUGUCUACAGAGCGUGGAAUAGGCCUCUGGAACGAGGAGAAAUGCAUCGCUACAGUGGCAAGCAUACUCCAGCCCUCUCACGGUCUCAUUCGUACGCUACAAGCAUGAGCGCCAAGUACAACCUCUCCACCUCCCUACCAAACACCCCAUUCUCGGAGAAAGCCCCCCUCUCCACCUUUGGAGGUUCAGUAGCCACCGGUCUAAGCUCGCGACACUCGAAGCCACACGGAAAGAGAAGGAAACACCGCGUCGUAAACUUACGCAAGAAAGUUGCCACAGGCGAAGAAAUGGAGCUCGAGAGCGUCAGUGGCGAUAGUACAACGAAUUCCUACAUAGGCACAGACAGCGCCGAUUCCGCACCACUGGAGUUUGUAGCGCGACCGCGAACUCCAGAAAUUAAAGAGCCCGGUGACGCGGACGUGGGACAAACACCACCAAGACUGAAAGAGCACACCACGCCGCGCCCACCCCCGCAAAAGGACCAGAUAUUCUCAGACGACACGCCUCGUCAAUCACAAUAUCUCCCCCCUCCUCCCUCUGCCUCCAAAAAUCAGGACCACCCAGCCCGCCGACCUAGCUUAGCUAAAUCGCAAACCUACCAUACCACCACAACAACUCCUCAAGCCGGCAAGAACAUCAAUAUUUCCUCUAAAACCCGCGCCUCCCUCUCCUCCAAAGUCAAGGCGGAAAAAGACCCACAGCCCCUUACACUCCUCGACCCCUCCCCGUUCGUGGAAGACGAAAAGGCAGAGUCCUCCGACCCUGCACCGCAAUCCCAGCAGGAGGCGUGGAUGUCGCGUAUAGCAGAUGAGAUACUCAGAAAAGUGCACGAGCAGAAGAGAAUGGACAGUGGGUUUUGGCGGGCGCCGUCGCUGGGAGGAAGCGAGGAGUUGGGAGAGGGGGAGCCGCCACCUGCUUAUGGGUCGUGA